AUGGACAAUAAAUAUAGCACCGAAUACUGCGUACUUUUGUGGUCGAUUCGUGCAAUCGUAAAUCAAACAAAGUUUUUGUCGAGAAUACAAGUUACACGGUGAAAGAGUACGUUAUUUUCGAAUAGAAGGUUGAAGUACGGAGUACAUGUGGGUCGUGAUUGUCGAGAUAUCACGUGUAACUGGCUCUAAAUAGUAUCACUGAGACGCUAAUUGUUUUUUCGGCAUUUUCGACACAUUUUCUCUUAGAUUGUCUUAGCUGACUAUGCCAUACAUUUUAGUACGUGGUAACCUAGCGUCAUAUAGUCAUAAAUAUCCCUGGAGGGUUCUUGUGUCAGGGCUUAAAGCGGCUGACAUAGAGCAGUUGAGUCGCUUUACAUCUAUCGGUUAUUGCGACGAUUCGACGAUAGUAUAUUUGCAACAUCCUUGCAUAAUAUUGAGUGCUUUAGAGGUACUUGGUUACAAAGUCAUCGCAUCUUCCAGUACUAGCAUUAAGCAGGAUUAUAAUGAGUACAUGUGGACUAUGAGAAAAGAAUUUACAGAACCUGAACCUGAUAUUGCUGUAAAGGCUGAAGUAAAGCACAACGAGGUAUAACGAUACUUUUAGCGCGGCAAUGGCAACCACGUCCAACGUCACGUCUAAAAAGGACGGCGCCGACGAGGACGACGACACUUUCUAUUACGUCGGUGUAAAGGCGUCCCCGUUCGCGGCCGAUUGCGCUGUGUUUGGUUUGCCCUCGAAAGAGACAUCGGCCCUACGCAGCCGCUUCCCGCUGUCCCCAAGUAGUACAAAUAUCGUGAAUGGAAUUAUGCUCAAAGGAACACCGUUCUCCGUCAUAAACGCUCUAGCCGAGCUCGGCUAUCGAGUUAUUUGUAGUACCGGAGAGGCCGAGAUACUUUGGACAUUGCAGCGGGAAUGUUAAUGAUAUAAAAAAAACUGGGUCUUAUUAUAUAUAUAUAUAAACGUAUUAUAUAUCUAAAUGCAUUUACUUACGAUCUAUAUACACACAUACAUAUAUAUCUGUAUAAGAUAUAUAUACGUAUAUCUGUGUUUUUAUGAAUCAAACUACAACAUUUGGUGAACGAGAUCUGUAAUGUUAUCUUCUUUCUGCAUUUUUUUUUAUAUAUCUUGUAUUUUUGACGUUUGUCUACAUCUAAUCGCGUUUUGACGAAAUUUUCAUGAUAGUAAUUGAAAGCAUAUAAUAUUGUGUCGACCGUCUAAAAAGGCUUUAUCCUAUCGAAUAUCUUUUCAAGAUAUUUGAUUGCUAUAUAUGUACUUCGCAAAGUUGGAUGGUACAUAUAUAAGAUGCAGCUUGUCAUUAAAAUAGAAUACGUAUAGUAUUUCACUUGACCUGAAAAUGGAAACUUACAUGUUACUCAUUGCUGUAAACGAUAACACGAAAAUCUUUCUCGCAUGUUAUCGGAUAUGACAUUUUAUAUGUAUAUCUCAGCAAUGUCGCGAGUUUCUUUUUACGGUUUCGAAAAUGACACGAUAAAAUUGUAUAAUCAUAAUAAGACUGUCCGGGAAGGAGGGUGGGGGGUAUAAUUCCGAAGCGUGAACCAUUUAAACAUUCCUGCACCGUAUAUUGCAGAUAAUAAUUUACCAGCAGAGAGGGAAAAUUUUAUCGGGGUAAAGGUAAAGCAACGCGUGUUGGCACACAUUAUAUAUAUAUAUAUAUAAUUAGUAGAAGUAUUGUAUUUUGUGAUAUCUUUUUACCUCGUUGCGUGGAAAAUGGGUUUUUUUACGCUUUAUUGAGAGUUAGGAGACGAGAGUUUCAUAUAAUCCAGGCAAUGAUCUAAAUUGGCGCAAUAUAGGUUGCUCCAAACUGGUCCAUAUCGUCUUUGAACAACGUUUAUCAUUUUGUGGGGAAUGAAAUUUUAUUAUAUGUACAAAUAAGAAUUUAUAUAAUAUCUUUAUAUAUGGUAACGCACACACACAUAUAGCAUUAAUAUAACACUUUCUUCUACCAUGUGUAUUGUAUUUUUGGUAGUUUAUCGUACAGUUAUUAUAUGUGCGAGAUAUCGUUUGGAUCGAACACGGUCCAGAGAGUUUAAACGUAAAACUGUCAUUUGAUAUAGUGUUUAUGGCGAUGUUUACUCUUACUUGUAUAUUUACGUGUUUGUCAAUCCUACUGCAAAUGAUGUGCGUCAAUCUAAAAAAUUAUUGCGAUUGAUAUUUCCUGUAUUUACAUUAAACCAAAUCAAAUAAAAUUAUAUAGAAGAAUCAUUAUUUUAUAUAGUUUAACAGUUAUAUAUAUUAUAAAAUUUAUAUGUAAGAAAAUCAAAAAUGAUAUUGUCGAUGAUGUUAACGAUAUAGUUCUUAGUUACAAUUUGAUAUGAGUGCAAUUUAUAAAACUAAAAUUCGCGGAUAUGGUGAAUUUUAUAUUUAUGUAAAUUAAUAAUCUCGCGCAUGAACAGAGCCUUAAACUGUUUUGUACGACACAGUCGAGGUAUAUGCGCAGCUUAUAAUAGAACGUUGUACACAAUUAUUUACAUAUACAAGAAAUAUCGAUAAAUUCAUGUGUUAUAUAUUUUUUUAUGCGACAAAAAUCUUCUCUUGAGAACGCAAAAGUAAAAUCCCUUUUUUUUUUUUUUU